CACUCAGUCUCACUUUGUGGCUGUCCCCAUCGCCCACCAGGAGCUCCCCUUUUCUUUGCCCUCGCCUGCUCUGUCUCCUUUUUGGCUUCUCACUCUGGGACCGUCCACGGACACGCUCAGACCCCUUUUGCGUUUAGCCGUCACCCCCUCUGUCGCCUGUCACUAUGACGCCUACGCCGCCGCUGUUCUUGCUGCUCCUGCUCAGCCUCACCGGAGCUCAUGCCACCGUAGACCUCCGCACAGCUGCUGCCAUGGCUGCAGGUUUGUGCAAAACCCGUCCCACAGACCUCGUGUUCAUUAUCGACAGCAGCAGGAGUGUCCGACCCUCAGAGUUCGAACAGGUCAAGGUCUUCUUGGCCAAGGUCAUCGAGGGUCUAGAUGUUGGACCCAACGCCACCCGUGUCGGAGUUGUUAACUACGCCAGCCGUGUGAAGAAUGAGGUGUCUCUGAAGACCCACCGCACCAAGGCCGGCCUCGUUAAGGCUGUAACCAAGAUUGAGCCUCUUUCCACUGGAACAAUGACCGGCCUGGCCAUCCAGUUCUCCCUGAAUGUGGCCUUCAGUGAGGCUGAGGGUGCUCGCAAAUCCAACGAGAUUAGCAAGGUUGCCAUUAUUGUGACGGAUGGGCGCCCCCAGGACAAUGUGAAGGAAGUGGCUCAGCGUGCUCGGGAUGCAGGCAUUGAGAUCUUUGCCAUUGGUGUGGGACGUGUAGACAUGAGCACCCUGAAACAGAUGGCCAGUGACCCCCUGGACGACCACGUGGACUAUGUUGAGAGCUACAGCGUCAUCGAGAAGCUGACCAAGAAGUUCCAGGAAGCCUUCUGUGUGUCGGAUCUGUGCGCCACUGGGGAUCAUGACUGUGAGCAGGUAUGCAUCAGCUCUCCCGGAUCUUUCAAGUGUGCCUGCAAAGAUGGCUUUACCCUCAUGGACGAUGGUCGCAGCUGCAGUGCUUGCAGCAACUCCGCCACAGAUGUGGUGUUCCUGAUCGAUGGGUCCAAGAGUGUUCGUCCUGAGAACUUUGAAUUGGUUAAGAAAUGGAUCAACCAGAUCAUUGACAAACUGGAUGUUUCUGACAGCAAAGCUCAUGUUGGACUGGUGCAGUACUCCAGCUCUGUCAGACAGGAGUUCCCCCUGGGCCGCUACAACAACAAGAAAGAUCUGAAGGACGCUGUUAAGAAGAUGGCCUACAUGGAGAGAGGAACCAUGACUGGCCAGGCCCUCCGCUACCUGACAGACAACAGCUUUGGCCCUGGUCAGGGAGCCCGACCCGGAGUCACCAAGGUGGGCAUCGUGUUCACUGACGGACGCAGCCAGGACUACAUCGGAGACGCCGCCAAGAAGGCCAAGGAGCACGGGUUCAAAAUGUAUGCUGUGGGAGUGGGCAACGCAGUGGAGGAUGAGCUGAAAGAGAUCGCGUCUGAGCCGACUGGAGAGCACUACUUCUACACAGCUGACUUUAAGACUAUGACCCAGAUUGCUAAGAAGCUGCAGAUUAACAUCUGUCAAGAGGAGGACCCAUGCGAAUGCGACUCUCUUGUAAAGUUCCAAAAGAAAGUAGAAGAUGCCCUACAGGCCCUAACAAAAAAAUUAGAGAGUAUGUCGAAGAGGAUCGCUUUGCUGGAGAACAAAAUCGUCUAAGGACUCACAUCCCACUCAUACCUACACAUAUGCACACCCACGCACACACAAACAAUUUUUUACUUCCUAUAAAAUACUGAAGAUGAACCCAUGUGUGCGUGCACCCUGACCUCUGCUUGUAGCCCGAGCUCUCCCAGAACCACCUCUCCUCUUCUGAUCUUACCUCUUCCGCCUCUUGGUCUCCAGAGACAUGAAGGGCCUGGUUGUCAUGGGGACCACGCCUUUAUGUGUGUUUGUGUGCGUGCGCUCCGAAGGUCAUCCUCCAUAGCCAGCCUGUGUGUUUGUUAAUAAAAGUCUUCCCUCAUAGGGAAACGGUGACGGUACACUAAAAGC